CCGCACACCGUCCCUCCCUCCACAGCCGUUCUCCUCCUCUAUCGUCCCGCUCAUCAUCCUCUCACUGUUUCUCACUCUAGAAAACUGUUAAACACACUCUACCUUCAUAACACACAUAGUCACACAGUAAAGUUUCACAGAGCUAAUCAAAUCCAUUAAUCUCAAUGCGUUCCAUCACCAUUUGGCGGUUUUGAUUUUGAUUUCACAGUAAUGGACGGUCUUGCUCUCACCACUAUUACAAUCAAACCCUCAAUUGUUCGACCCGUUGUUUCUUCGUUUGAACCCAGAGCAAGAACUGCAAGAAACUACUUUUUUGUUGCUCGAAAACCCAAAUUUCUCGUUUUCGCCUCCAAAGACGAACCUAAGCUCGAUCAAUGGGAGCUGAUGGAGCUCAAGUUUGGCCGAUUGAUCGGCGAAGACCCCAAGCUCACCCUAGCCAAGAUAAUGGGUAGAAAAUCGAAUCCGGAUUUGUCUUACCUGGAAAUUGAGAAAUCAUUUAACAAGAAGAAGGGUAAAGCAGUAAAUGAAGUAGAAGAGGUUCCAUUUGAUGGAUCUAUUCCCAAGGAAGGGCAGUCAUCAAAUUCACCAAAUGAUUUGAACUUAGUUCGGUCUGUGCCUAAGAGAGGAGUCAAAAUUGAAGCUAACAAUAGGCCAAUUCCCAAGGAAGGACACUCAUCAACUUCACCAAACGGGUUGAACUUAGUCCGGCCUGUGCCUAAGAGAGGAGUCAAAUUUGAAGCUAACAAUAGGCCAAUAGUAUCAAAGGAUUCAAAGGUAAAGAAACCGAGCCAACCAGUAGGAAAGACGGUAGAUAAUACUAGAAGUAGCAUUCCUAAUGUUAUUUUGCGGAAACCAAGUACAUUUACUGAUGAUGAUAUUGGGACUGAGAAAUCAUCAAGGUUGAGAAUAAAACCAAAUUUGUCUUUUAGAAUGGGGAAAGAACAGAUGAAGGAAAGUUUUAGUGAUGUUACAUUAUUAAAGAAGCCCGAACUGAUAAGUAACAACUCAAGUGUUGAUAAUGACCAGGAGCCUUCUGGGGAUGCCAAAGCCAAAGUUUAUGAAGGUAUUGAAGGGAAUAAUUUGAAAAGUCCAUCUCUAGUUAAUGAAACAACUAAAGAUGUUACACUUGUAGACAAACCUGAACGAUUAAAUCUCGAUUUGAAGAUCAAUCAAGAACAAGAAUCUUCUGGUGAUCUUAUUGGGUCAAGCUGUGGUGAUGAUCUCAAAGAGAAUAAUUCGGAAGUUGUACACUCAUCGGAAGUUAAUUCAACAAGGAUCAACUAUGAUGAAUCACUGGAAGUUGGGGAUGCUUCAGUCUCAGGGACCCUAAGCGGGAGGAUCACUCUGCAACAGCCACUUGAGCAGAGUGAUAUGCUGUUUGCUGAGAAAAGAACUUCCGAUAAUGAACCUUCAGAGGCAAUACUAUUGGAUUCUAAUAUCACACUCUCCGUGGAAGCUGCAUUGCAAGGGAAACCCAUGAGAUUAGAUCAAUCUGUAAAGGGAGCUUCCAAUUUUAUUAGAGAGGAGCCUGUUACUGUGAAUCCUGAAACUUAUGGCAAUGCUGUUGAGCUUGACAAUAUCCUCGCAACGUCACCCAUAAAGGAACAUGAAGAUACUGAUUGGACAAGAGCUGAAGAUCUGUUUGAGAGAGGAGGAAGAGAAGAAGUGGAACUGAUAAGCUCAAGUACCAGAGGAUUUGUUGUAUCUUUUGGCUCUUUGAUAGGAUUUUUACCAUAUCGUAAGCUCGCUGCCAGGUGGAAGUUCUUAGCUUUUGAGUCUUGGUUGAGAAGAAAAGGCUUAGACCCCUCUAUGUACAAGCAAAAUUUAGGCAUUAUUGGCAGCUCUGAGGUUGCGAACAAGGCUUCUACUCUUGAUUCAAGCCUAAUUCCCGAAACUGAUCAAAAAGUUGAGACAGAAAUUUCACCGGACAUGAAAUUGGAAGAUCUUCUUAGGAUUUAUGACCUAGAAAAACUGAAAUUCUUGUCAUCCUUCGUUGGUCAGAAAAUGAAGGUGAAUGUGGUGUUGGUUGAUAGAAAGUCUAGAAGGCUAAUACUUUCUAUGAAGCCGAAGGAAAAAGAAGAAUCAGUUGAGAAAAAGCGAAGUCUUAUGGCCAAACUUAGCAUUGGGGAUGUAGUAAAAUGUUGCAUCAAAAAGAUUACUUACUUUGGUAUUUUUGUUGAGGUUGAAGGAGUACCUGCUCUGAUUCACCAGACGGAAGUUUCAUGGGAUGCCACUUUGGAUCUUGCAUCAUAUUUCAAAAUUGGUCAGAUUGUGGAGGCAAAAGUUCACCAAUUGGAUUUUUCACUUGAACGCAUUUUCCUAUCACUAAAGGACAUAACGCCAGAUCCACUAAAUGAGGCCCUGGAAGCUGUAAUUGGUGAUAAUGAUUUCUUAUUUGGGAGAUUAGAAGCAGCCCAAGCAGAUACUGAGUGGACAGAAGUGGAGUCUCUUAUUGAAGAACUACAGCAGUUUGAAGGGAUCCAAUCUGUAUCAAAAGGCCAUCUUUUCUUGAGCCCUGGUUUGGCUCCAACUUUUCAGGUUUACAUGGUAUCCAUGUUUGAAGAUCAAUACAAGUUACUUGCUCGAUCAGGAAACAGAGCACAAGAGGUUAUAGUUCAAACAUCUUUGGAUAAAGAAGAGAUGAAGUCUGCAAUUCUAACAUGCACCAACAGAGUUUGAUAACUGUCUUUACUCGGUUUUUGUCUAUGUCCUUCAUGCACCUAAUUGACUGAGUUGGAUGGUGAUCCAUGUUGCAGUCUUGAGACUGCAGGUCUGAUCUUGACAGACCACUUUGGAAAGAGAGAUUCUUCUUCGUUUUCUUCUAUACAUAAAUUAUCUUUUCAUUUCAGUCAGAAACUUACACAAAAUUGUUUAUAUUGUUGGCGAAACUUCCUACGACGUAACUAUGAAUUGUUUCAUAUCUUUGGUAGUUGUAUAAUUAUAAAAACAGUUUGAUUGAUGAAUGCCAUUUUAAUUUUGAGUCUUUCAACUA